AUGUCUCUGGAAGGAAUUGAGAACUUUUCCCUUCCGGGCACUCCGGCUAGAUCCAUCACCUUAGCCCAAGGAGACGAUCUUGCCAGCCCAGCAUCCAUCAGAGCCUGGACAAUUCCGCGUAUCACGGCGGAAUUGAAGAGACGGCAGAUCCCCUUCCCCGCCACGGCAAGGAAAGCGGAGCUUUUCCGACUACUACGCACGUCAACCAGUAAUGCGGAGGCAGGGGAAGGACCCAGCCAGUCCAGCACGGGGGAUAUACACGCCAUGCUGGCCUCUUUGAUGACGUCCAUGUCCAGGGUCAACGACAGGUUAGAGAGGCUGGAGUCGGUCACCACAUCCCUCUCCUUGGCAGGGCCACCACCGGCAGCGUCACCGGCACCAUCCGGUUUGCCAGUGGGCGUGCCAUCCAUCAACCCAGAUGACCAAGAAGUCAGCCCGGCGCACAUGAUACCGGAGCACUUGAAAAGGGACAUUCUGGAAGCAUUUAUGUCUCAGCACCCAUCCAGACAUCUCACGGAUUUCCUCGUGGCAGGGCUGACAGAAGGCUUCCACACGGGCAUCCUGCACAUGCCGACAGGCACCCUGGAAUGUCCAAAUCUCCUAUCCGCCCAAGGCAACCCCACCGCAAUUGACGCCCUCAUAGCCCAGGAAGUUGCAGAGGGUUUCGUGCUAGGACCAUUCAAGACACCCCCAUUCACCACAUGGCGCACCAAUCCCAUUGGCAUCGUCACCGGGAAAUCUUCCCAGAAACAGAGGCUAAUCAUCGAUCUAUCGGCACCACACGGCUCAGCCGACCCCAGUCUCAACUCCCUCAUUCCGUCGGAGGAAUUCUCACUCCAAUACACCACUAUAGAUCACGCCAUCACCGCCAUCAGGCAAGCAGGGGUCGGAGCAUGGCUCAGCAAAACCGACAUCGCCAAUGCGUUCAAAUUGCUACCAAUUCACCCAUCGCUGUGGCACCUUCAUGGCAUCAAGUGGUCCGAAAACUAUUAUUUUUUCUCCCGGUUGACCUUCGGAUCCAAAAGUAGCCCAGCCAUUUUUGACACAUUCGCGGAGGCACUUUGCUGGUUGCUCUUGAACGUAGCAAGAUGCCCGAUGGUCUUGCAUUACCUGGAUGACUUUCUACUCGUGGAGGAAAACAUCUCCCCUCCCGCCAGCCUCAGGGCCACCAUCAAGCUGUUCGGGGAACUUGGGGUACCCAUCUCCACAAAGAAAACAGAGGGGCCGGACACAGUCAUCACCUUCUUGGGCAUUCAGUUGGAUUCUGCCUCUAUGCAAGCCAGUUUGCCACUCGGGAAGAUCCAGAAAACCACAGGGAGUAUUGUGCAGUCAGAGAACAAACCAGCCAGAUUCCUUCAGCAUCGUAAUGAUGUAAUCACAAUAGUCAGUUACAAUCCAACAGGUUAUGAAAAGCUUAAAUAUGAAUAUGUGUGGAGAAGGCUUAAAUUGUAUCAAUAUGCCAAACAUUGGUGA